UGCGCCGCCCAUCUGGGCCAUUAUUUUGUCCUCCUGAAGCUUCAAAUGAACAACAGGCCAAACGUUCCUCGAAAUGAAUUAAAUAUUGAUACACGGAAGGAGUAUAUUUUUUCUUCUUGGCCAUCGCCGGCGACAUAAAUGGAGCCUCUCGGUGAAUAGCUCGUUGUCUCGCCGGACUUGUCGGUCCUCCGUUGGACUUGGAGGCCGAAAACAGUGCGCGGAGUGACAGCCCCGUUAAAGCCAGCAGAUUGGGUGUUUAUUUAGCUGGCUAGCGACCUAGCUAGCUUCCUAGACAGCUAAGAGGGGAAGAAAAACCCGAAAGCACUAUUUUGUAACUUCGGGAAGUGAGUGCUGUGGCUUUCCCUGUCGUGUCCAGCCUGCAGCGGGAAUGGCACACCUUCAAAACAUGCAGAACCAGAAUACCCGGUUGGACCCCGAGGAGUAUUUCACCAAGCAGGAGCGGAUCGGGAAGGGGUCCUUUGGCGAGGUAUACAAAGGCAUCAACAACCGCACAAAGGAGGUUGUGGCGAUCAAAAUAAUCGACCUGGAGGAGGCGGAGGAUGAGAUUGAAGACAUUCAACAGGAGAUCACAGUGCUGAGCCAGUGUGAUAGCCCUUUUGUAACAAAGUAUUUUGGAUCGUACUUGAAGGGGACCAAGCUGUGGAUUAUCAUGGAGUAUUUAGGUGGAGGAUCUGCUCUGGAUCUGCUCCGUCCAGGGCCUCUUGAAGAGACUUACAUUGCUACUAUACUGAGGGAAAUACUGAAGGGGCUGGAGUAUUUGCACUCUGAGAGGAAGAUUCACAGAGAUAUUAAAGCUGCCAAUGUGCUCUUAUCAGAGCAGGGAGACGUGAAGCUUGCAGAUUUUGGGGUGGCGGGACAGCUCACAGAUACCCAGAUCAAGAGAAACACGUUUGUAGGCACACCUUUCUGGAUGGCUCCAGAGGUUAUCAAACAGUCAGCCUAUGACUUUAAGGCUGAUAUUUGGUCCCUGGGAAUCACCGCCAUUGAGUUGGCCAAAGGGGAACCUCCGAACUCUGACCUCCACCCCAUGAGGGUCCUUUUCCUCAUCCCGAAAAACACUCCACCCACACUCGAGGGACCUUACAGCAAACCUUUUAAAGAGUUUGUGGAGGCUUGUUUAAAUAAAGACCCUCGUUUUAGGCCAACAGCCAAAGAGCUCCUGAAACACAAGUUCAUCACACGUUACACCAAGAAGACGGCAUAUCUGACAGAGCUAAUUGAUCGCUACAGACGCUGGAAGUCUGAGGGGCACGGGGAGGAAUCCAGCUCUGAUGACUCAGAUGUGGAUCCGGAUGUUGAUGUGGACACAUGUCCGAUGUGGACUUUCCCCACAGUCAGACCCACCUCCCUUAACAAGCUACAGAAGGGCUACACACACACAGAUUCAGAACAGUCAGGAGACUCAGUGAAAAGGCAACCCAAGUCACAGUGCCUGUCCGCUUUGGUAACACCAAUUUUCAGAGAGUUGAAGGAGAAGCGGCGGGCGAGCGGCGCAGGUGUAGGAGCCAUUGAGGAGCUGGAAAAUGCCUUUAACCUGGCAGAGGAGUCCUGUCCAGGGAUCUCUGACCGCCUCGUCACCCACAUGAUGGAGAGAGUGUGCAGGUUUUCUUUAAACGGUAACACCACCCAGUCUUCGCGGUGAAACUCAAUCUGGAUGUAACUGACCCUCGUUUUUCUGUCUCCCAGACCCACCCAAGCCCUCAGAUAAGGACCACAGAAGACCCCCAAUAUGCCUCGUAUCUUUGCAUCCUUCCCAGUCCUGUCCCCCAAGAGAUCUUUUAAUUAGUUAUAAUUAAAUAUUUUUACAGUUUUUCUUUAAGAGCGGAGAGUAUUUAAGACAAAAAAGCCAUGACAUUUAGAGCGUUGUGUAUACCUGUUAGACUGAGAAGAAAAAACUAUAAUAAAGUCUAUGGAAACUG